AUGAACAGAAUGGAGGACAAACGAAUGGAGCUGAACGCUGAGUUGCCAUCCAUCAACAGCACGACCAGCAUCUCGGAUAACUUGGCUCUCCGCAACUACUACGACAAACUGCUUUUCAAAAAUAGCAGUGGCAAGUCUCUCACGGAUCUACCGCGCCAGGCUCUGCCCAGAGCACCUGCAGAGCCCGAAACCCGCAAUGUGGACUUUAUAAGCGGUCUGGCAUUCGGUCUCAGGGGCCCCGCCCAAUCCCAGCAGCAACAACAGCAACAACAGCAACAACAGCAACAACAGCAACAACAGCAACAGCAGCGACAAAGCCCUCAAUCGGCACUGCGUGCCGUACAUAUGACUCCGUCCAACUCGGAGCCUUGGGGAGUCCCACCCGGGUUCCAAGUGGGCGAGGACCGCACCAAUGCCGGCGCGUACUCCAUGUCUUUCCAAUUCGGAAACCCACGUCCGUUUGUAGCUGCCCAAAUGACGCCCCAAGUACCACCACCAUCUAUGGCCCCGAAACCGCCCGUCACUGCGACGGUCGGAGCACAUAACUCACGCAACAACAGCGUGGGCUCCUCGGGCUCUUCGGGCUCCACUAUGCUCAUGUCUCCCUCCAGCUAUUACGCUGCGCUCACGCAACAGUCCAUGAGCCCCGCAAGCGCGCUGUCGCCGGUCAACAGCGCAGGAACCGUGACGUACCCGUCACUGGAUCAGCAACCGCGAGUUCCGUCGUCUCUGCUCCAGCAGAACGCUCAACAGUAUCUUCAGCCCCAUCAACAGUACACUGCGGACCGCAGGUCCUCUUACAUUUCGGACACUCUUAUUCAUGGUGCCAUGACUUCAGAGCCCAAUGCCAUGCUACCGUCGCAUUUGGACCGCCUAUACACCUCGGCCAACAUGACCAAUAAUCGCUACCUCCAGGUUCCCACAAAGCGGCAGUCAGUGCCUAAGAUAGACUAUAGAUCAGGAGACAUUACACAUUCGGCAGCUGCAACUGUGGGCCAAACUGGAUCGCACCACUCAUUAGACAACGGGCUAGAACUUAUCAACGGCCAAGUGACGGCUACUGCAGAGCUCAAAGCUCUGUACCACGACUGCGGUAAAAAUUAUUUCUCCAGCAAUGAAGCGUGUGGGUUUCUCGACCACAUGAAAGAGCUUUUGUCGGGCUCAACUACAAGCGAAUUGACUCAAAACGUUACCAAAUUCCUGUCAUUUUUGAAAAGCUCCAACUUGAAUUAUAAUCCCCAGUCGGACGCUUUCGUUUCAGGUAAUGAAAGUAGAAGAAACAGCAGCACUAGUGCACAUUUACACUACAAACCUCUGGUGUUGGUGGCGUUGAAAAACGGUAAACUUGAACUGCUCUCGAUUUCACACACGACAAACUUAUCCAUGGAACGUGAAGACUUGGUUGUGAUAGAUGGAGACCGAGGCAAGGACCUGGCUAUAGUUAUCGAACCUCAUGUCGAACUAGACCUCGCGCUGUUCAUAAACUUUUUGAAGAAAAAGAUACAUUUUGACUCUUUGAUAACCAACAGGGAACAGCACUUUCCAAACCAGGACUUUGUGAGAGCACUAGUUGACACCAUCCAAGGACAUACGGACGAAUUGAAUUCGAAACUUUACGACGUUAUUGAACUCACACAACUAAUCAUACCAUCCAAACAGGUGCUCCGCUUUGCGACUUCUUGGGAAGUAACAACCAAUUUGCACAACAAAUUCCAAGACGAGCUGAAGGCGCUUCAUAUUGCGCAAUUGAAACUGAAGUCCUUGAAUAGCGGCUUGGCUCACCAUCAGCACCAACAACCCCGUUCAAACCUUAAUAUCAAGAUUUUGAAUGCGGAGUUUCAAUUUGAUCGUAAAAAGUUGACUUUUUACUAUGUGUGUCAAGAGAGAAACGACUUUAGAGAGCUGAUAAAAGAGCUCUUCAAAUUUUACAAAACCAGGAUUUGGUUAUGCGCGAUACCCAACAAUUUGGAUAUUGAGUCCAAGUAUUACGAUAAACAGCUGAAAGAGAUUAAAAUGUAUCAAGCCAUGAUGCAACACUUUUCUGGAGAGGAGACACUGGACAAUGGGUCGGGGUCAGGGUUUGUUGUCGCACCGGCACUCAACUCGAUUUCCCUCGAUAAUUUCCAGAUAGGGGUGUACAAGGAACUUGUUAAUGAUUUAUUCGCCCACAAAUAA